AUGCAACAACAUAUUCAAAGAGCUAGUCAACAACGUGGAUCUACUGCUGCCGCUACGGUUGGCUCUAUAGCUGCUGCAACAGCGCUGUACCAAAAGAACCUUGCUGCAAGUCGGAACGCAUUGCUUGCGAAUGCAUCUGCCUUACGGAAAGCACCAACGAUGAAUGCUGCGAUGCAGAAGGCUUUUGCACUGGCCAAUGGUGGUCUGUCACCAGCUGCUGCUCCAGGAGCUGCCACUUCAGCAACGGGAUCACACGCUUUGGGCAAUUCGACAAAUGCCGGCAAUGGACCAGGAAUUUGUGAGAUUUGCGACCAGAAUAUGGUCGAUAGGGAGCGAUAUUUCCAGCAUCUGCAGCUAAUUCACAAGCAUCUUCGUGAUAAAACGCUUGAUGAUGUGAAACUUGGAGCACCUCUUGCUUGCAGCAGGUGCCGCGAGAGAUUCUGGACCUAUGAAGGUCUUGAACGUCACCUGGUUAUGGCACAUGGCCUUGUCACAGCAGAUCUGUUAGCAAAAGCUCAAAAUAAACUGGACGGUGGCAGAUGCAAACUUUGUGCGAAGCAAUACGCUUUCAACAUGUUGCAACAUCUGGUAGCGGAUCAUCAUAUUAAAUUGUGCUCAGCAGAAAUCAUUCUUUCUCUUCUAUUUGCUGGAGCAUAUACAAAGUAUUCUUGUGAUGUGUGCUCUUUCAAAUGCAGCAGUUAUACCACGCUAGAAACUCAUCUGAAUGCAAAUCAUCCAAAAGGAAUCACCGACAAAAACGCUGUACAUCCUCCUGCUACAGAGACUGCAUCGGCCUCAAAUGGUACUUCUAAGGUAAUUUGCUCAAUCUGAUU